AUCGAUUCUCUAAAAAAAAAGUUUGAAAAUAAAAUAAAAGAGAAAGAUAGGGUGGACACGCAUGAAUCAAUUUAUCAAUGUUAAAAAGCAGAAGGAAAUCAGUGAUUUACAUGGAUGAAGAUUUUAACAAUUGAUUAAUGGUUAUUUGUUUGCAGAGAAAAAGGCGAAAAAAGGAAAAAAAGAGAAACUCAGAAGCGAGAAAAAGAGAGGAGGGGUUUUGUUUUGUUUCCUUUCCGUUCGGGUGCAAAUCCAUAGAGAGAGAGAGAGAGAGAGAGCGAGAGCGCGCGUAGAUAUUUACAUCGCGGCGGAACCCUAGCGAGUAGAGCGGCGGGGGCGGUGGCAGAUCGGAGUGAGAGUGAGGAGGAUGAGCGGCAAAGGCGGUGGCGGCCAGAAGGCAGGGAUUCCUCCGGCGAGUCGGAAGAUGGUUCAAAGUCUGAAGGAAAUAGUGAGCAACAUCCCUGAAAACGAGAUCUAUGCCACCCUCAAAGACUGUAACAUGGACCCUAACGAAGCUGUUAGUCGCCUUCUCUCCCAAGAUCCUUUUCAUGAGGUGAAGAGCAAACGAGAGAAGAAAAAAGAGAGUAAGGACACGGCAGAUUCCAGGUCUCGUGGGACAAACAAUACCUCUAGCCGCGGCGGCGGUGGUGUUAGGGCUGGCAGUGACCGCUAUGCUGGGCGUGGGGGCGCCAUCCAAUUCAGUAGUAGUAGUGAUUAUGGUCUGAUGCAGGGAAAACCUAUAUCCAAGAAGGAAAACGGAACACCUGCUUAUGGAGGUUCUUCGGUUUCUUCAUUGAGUGUGUUGGAGAAUAAUGUGAACAGGCAACCACCAUCCUACAGUGAUUCCAUCCGUGUCUGUGAUGGACUCUCUUCUUCAUCACAACAAGGUGGAUUGCAAUCUGCAUGGACAGUGAACUCGGGUCAAGUGUCGAUGGCUGACAUUGUCAGGAUGGGUAGGCCACAGGCCAAGGCAUCUGUGCCUAAUUCUUCUGUUCACAGUGGUAAUCAUCAGAAUGUUUUUACACCUCCUGUGGCUUCACAUCACAAUUUGCAUUCAGUGCAAGGUCAUGCUUCCAAGGUGUCAGAGACAAAUAGUGAUCAAUGCUUUGCUAUUAACUCCAACGUUCAACACAAUGAUGAAUGGCCAUCUAUUGAGCACCCACCAGCUGUUCGCGGAUCCUCUGUUGUAGAUGCUCAUCCAAAUUCUGAGUACCAUACAAACUCAUCUAACUCUGGUGAAGCUAAUCAGCAACUGAAGUCCCAUGCAAGUGAAUUUGUAGCUGAAGAUGGUCCUGUUGAGAAUCCAGAUAAUGUUGGACCUGCAUCUAUAUCUGCUAAAAGUAUAUCUGAAGAUAAUCCAGAAAAUACUUCUGUUUUUGAUGGUAGCUUGUACAAGGACAUGAAUUCCUACCAAACUCAUGGGCAUCCAUUUGAUAAUAAUGAAGCUGAAGAUGGUGAUUCAUCAGUGGCUGCAAACUUAGAGCACCUAAAUUUACACACUGAUGAUCGAGGGACAGAACAAGAGGAGGAAAAUUCUUCUGUAGUAAUUCCAAAUCACCUUCAACUUCAUUCUCCAGAAUGCUUAAAUCUGAGCUUUGGAAGUUUUGGAUCAGCAAACAAUGCUUCUCUUUCUGGAUCAGGCCCAUAUGCAUCUAGGCCCUUGAAAAGUAACUUGGAGGAUACAUCUGGAGCAACUGAUGUUUCAACAAUAGGGUCCUCAGAUGCUAGAAAUCCUGACUAUUACGGAGAUGAGCAUCUAACUACUACCUCGGAUGGGAAUUUAACUCAUAUAACUGGUGUGGAUACUGGGACAUACGAGCAUUCCUCCAUUCCACAAUCAGAGGCCUUAAAAUCUGAACCCCCUGUAACUGCUCAGGAAAAUCAAUAUUCAUUUCCUUCUUCUUCACACGAGUUUACUUAUGAAAAUGUCCAACAGCCAGAUGUUACAUAUCCUCAUUCACAGACAAGCUCGCAGAUCCAGAACCUGUCUCCCUUUUCUAGUGUAAUGGCUUACACCAAUUCCUUGCCCAGUGCUCUGUUGGCUUCGAAUGUUCAAACAGCAAGAGAAGAUAUUCCAUACUCACCCUUCCCUGAAACACAAUCAAUGCCUGCAAAAUAUAGCAACAUUGCUUCUUCAAUUGGUGGUCCUGCUAUAAACAUGUCAGAGGCUCUAAGAACAAAUAGCAUUUCGACACCUCAGCCUAAUCCGCAAGCUCUGCCUGGUGCAAAUGUUGCCACUGGACCUGCACUUCCUCAACACCUUACUGUGCAUCCCUAUUCCCAGCCUACUCUUCCUCUGGGACAUUUUGCUAAUAUGAUUAGCUAUCCGUUCAUGCCACAGAGCUAUACCUACAUGCCAUCAGCAUUUCAGCAGGCUUUUGCUGGAAAUAGUACAUAUCACCAAUCUCUGGCAGCCAUGCUUCCACAAUAUAAAAAUAGCAUUUCUGUCAGUAGCUUGCCUCAGUCUGCUGCUAUUGCAUCUGGAUAUGGUUUUGGAAGUUCCACCAGCAUUCCUGGAGGAAAUUAUCCUUUGAAUCCACCUGCUGCGCCUACUAGUACAACCAUUGGAUAUGAUGAUGUUGUAAACUCUCAGUUUAAGGACAACAAUCAUAUUAUUUCACUGCAACAGAAUGAGAAUUCUCCCAUGUGGGUUCAGGGACCUAGCUCUCGAACAAUGUCUGCAGUUCCUCCCAGCACGUAUUACAGCUUCCAGGGACAGAAUCAACAACCAGGUGGAUUUAGGCAAAGCCAGCAGCCUUCACAGCAUUUUGGACCCCUUGGGUACCCUAAUUUCUACCAUUCUCAGACUGGGAUUUCUCUGGAACAUCAGCAGCAGAAUCCUAGGGAAGCAUCCCUUGCUGGUUCUCAAAACCAACCACCUAAGCAAUCCCAACAAAUAUGGCAAAACAGCUACUAAUCUUAUUCACCUCCCGGUUUUUAAGGGUCUUGAUGUGAGUUUGAAAGCGACCGAUCACAGGCAUUUCCGCGGUCUAAUAAUUUAAUGUACCAUUGUUUGGUCCGAAGGCCGCUGCCCUGUGCGUUGUAUGCUAUAUAAUUAUGCUCGUGAUGUUUAACGUAGGUACUAAGUGUGCUAAUUUUAUGUACAACGUACAAUACCCUUUUUUUGCAACAUUCUUCUCAUCUGGUUAUAGUGGAAAGUUUGUUGGAUGCUAACUACCUUAAUCUGUCUCUUAUUUUGCUCCUU